AUGAACCAACUCUUGGCCUACGUUCAGAAGAAGCACCUUCGCGAAAUGAACGAAGCUGCGCUGAUGCAUCGCCGCCUCAUGAUCGGGGCUGGGCUGGUGAUACUCACCCUCUUCGCAAUCCUUGGCGCCAUCGUGGCAACCAGUGCAGGGCCGCGGCUCCGGCGGCUGGCAUUCGGGAGCGGCGCCGCUCUCCUCCUCCUGCUCCUCGUCGCCAGCGUAACAUCCUCCUCCUCCCGGCGGCCGCAUUCAAUGUUCUUUGGCCUCAGCAGCAGCUUCUGCAGCGCCACGCCCAGCAAAGUCUCCAGCCCCCUCCGGUGGGCAGAGCCCAGCACUGCGAAUGACCGCGCCGCAACCGCGGAUCGAAUCUGCUGCAGAAACCACGACUAUGCCGAGUGGUCCGGGAGCUGGACGGCGAGCAGCUUCCCGAAGCGCCUCGCGGCCGGCGAGACCAUCACCUUUUACGACGUGGCCUCGCAUCUGCCUCUAUAUCGCGCUCCGAUCGGCCGCACCUUUGACGAAUUUUUCGAGGAGUCGAAGGCGCACGGCUGGCCUUCGUUCCGCGACCAGGAGGUCAUCUGGGAGAACGUAGUGGUCAAAUCUGGUGGGGAGGUGGUGAGCGGGAACGGGACGCACCUUGGCCACAACCUGCCGGAUCGCAAAGGCAAUCGGCAUUGCAUCAACCUGGUCUGCGUUUCCGGCCCUCCGCCAACAGCCGUAAGUACCGAGUAUACGCGGCCUGACAAGCUGUGCCCGAGAGCGUGUUCACGGCGCCCGAGGCCGCGUCGCUCGCAAGCUGGGCGCUAA